CCUGCACCUGGAUCGGCGGGCGGACCCUGAUGGCACGCUGCGUCUGAUGGAUGAGAAGGAUAGUGUCACUGCCUUUGUGGAAGGCGAUCCUGAGGAGGAGCGGGAGCUGUGCAUAAAGGCAAUGGCUGCAGUGUACUCUGAGCAUGCAGGUGUCAUAGGCCCAUUUGACGGUGUGUCGCAUGCAACACAGCUCAUGGAUGGCACCAUGAGGCACAGCCUACGUUGCUGCUUAUUUCAAUUGGCUGAGGCUCUGAUCAGUCCUGAGGCCAUGGACAAACAGGCACAGAAGGCAGCGCACUCAAAUGGACGAGCCUUCAUAAAUGCCGGGGGCAUCCCCCUGUGCGCAGAUGUCCUUGCUGGUGCUCAUGAAGCUCAAGAGAGGUCUGGCCACGUCCCUCUGAAGACAGAGUUGCUGACAGCUGUUGCAGAUGAAGACAUGAAGCCGGAGUGGUACUAUUAUGAUGAGGAUGCCCGCCCUCCAGGAUUGCCCGACUCAGGCGAACCAGGGACAAGUGGAAGGGAUGAAGCACAGGAGACUGUAAUGAAUGUGGAUGGCCGUAUCGGCCCAAUCAAGAAGCAGGAAAUUCGAAAAUUGUUCAAUCAAGCCAAAUUGUCAUUAGCUACGAAAUUCUGGGCAGAUGGUAUGACAAAACCUAAGCCCCUGUAUUCUAUACGAGAGCUGCGAUGGUUCGUGUCACGGCGAUCUGGCUCAUUGGAUUCGUUUGGCCUUGCUCGCCUUGCCCUGCGGCUUCUGCACACCCUGGCAAGAAAUCAAUCUGCAAUUGAGGUCACUGGGGAGGUCUUACAGCCGUUGCCAAAGGCCCACAGGCAGAUAACGUCCCAGCAGUGUUUGCCACAUAUAUGCCAGGUUAUCCUCACUGGAGAUCCAGUCCUUGUUUCGGGUGCCGCUUCUCUGCUGCGUGUUGUAGUUGAACACAAUCGGAGUGUGCUGCCCCGGCUGUACCUGACCGGCGUCUUUUUCUUCUGCCUUGCCUACUCUGGGUCAAACCUGGUUGAGAUUGCAAAGCUUUUCCAGGCAACGCAUCUCAAGCAGACCUUCAGGGGAGAAGAUGAGACAUCACACGCGGGUCUCCCCCUCUCCCGGAGGAGUUUCCUUGGAAACACUGUGCCUGAGAGCCUGCUGUAUGUCCUGGAGACCCAUGGACCUGAAGCCUUUGCCGAUGCGAUGGUCAGCGACGGAGACACGCCGGAACUCGUGUGGACUCACAGAAUGCGUCGAAACCGCCUGGUGCCACAGAUGCUUCACCACUUGGGCAUGUUCCCCUACCGGCUGUGGGAGCACACCCAUUCAGUGUACGAGUACACACCCCUGCCACCAGUGGGGUAUCCAGAGCUCACAGAUGAGAUCUGGUGCCAUCGGUAUUAUCUUCGUAACCUGUGUGAUGAGGUUCGCUUCAGGGAUUGGGUAGUUGUGGACCAUGUGCCACUGCUUCAGGCGUUGCUGGCGGAGUGGCGUGGCGAGCUGACCCGGAAGCCCAUGAGCAUGAGUGAGAAGGAUGCUUCAGCCCUCCUUGGUGUUGAGCCUGAUGAAGAGGGUUGCAUUUCCGAGGAGACUCUCAAGAGGGCAUACCGGAAGAUGGCUUUUAAGUACCACCCAGACAAGAACCCUCAAGGCAAGGAGAAGUUUGUGCAAAUCCAGCAGGCAUUUGAACGGCUGCAGGCGGGCGUUGCGGGGGGCCAAGGAACGCAGCCAUGGAGGAUCCUCCUUGUGCUGAAGGCUCAGUGCAUCCUGUUCCGAAGAUACCCAGAUGUUCUGCAUCCUUUCAAGUAUGCUGGCUACCCCAUGCUGUUGGAUGCAGUCACACUGCCAGAGGACGGCAGUGGAGAGCACUUCCUCAGCGAUGAGAGGGCACCUCAGCUUCAGACGGCAGUGGCGCUGUGCUGGCUUACUUGUGUGUGCUCACCACUGAAUGGGGAAGAGCUCACAAGGUCAGCUGGUGUGGACAUCCUUGGUCGGUUGUUGAUGCGGUGCAUCUCUGUGGUGCCAAUGGACGUUGCCGCAACAGAACCUGCCAUCAUCAUCGCGACGAAUGCCCUGCGGACAUUUGCUGGCUUGUCCAUGUUCGCUAAUGCAAGGAGGGAGCUCAAAGACAGGGCACUGCUUGUUACUGACAUAGUCAGGUGUUGUGCUUUUGAGCGCGUUCCAGCUGCAGUUGAUGCAGCUCUCCUAUGCCUGUCACAUAUGGCCCUGUCUCCAGAGCUGCAGUUGCUCAUGCUGGACGUUGGCGUCCUGGGAUACGUGGUUCCUUUGACUUUGUGCUUUGACACGACGGAAGAGGACCCAGAGGCUCCCCUGCCACCUCCAUUCAGCACUUCCCCUGAGGAGGGUCCUGGCCGAAGCCUGCUUGGGCAGCUUCUUGGGCUUGGCAUGGAGACUGCAAACAUGCAGGCCAGAAAGAAUUUUCAUGCCAUGCUUGCUGCCCAUGUCCUUGGCAGACUUGCGGGCAUGAUGUGUGGGAAGCACGCCACUAAGGAGAUGCCCCAAGCUGCUGCCGCCCUGAAGGCCCUCCUCACUGAGUCCCUUGUGGCAAGGCUGUCUGACCCCGAUCCCAGAGGGCUGUUGAGGAUAUUGAACAGCAGCACAGAAACCCCACAGGUCAUCUGGAAUGGCAAAAUGCGCGCAGAGGUUUUGUCUCUUAUGGAGGCACAGCGGGAAUGCCCCGAUGCCAAUGCGGCUGCAGAGUUUCGGUUCGAUGCACUCGAAGGGGAGCUGCAGAUCAGUGGCGUGUUUGUUCGGGUGUACAAUGAACAGCCGACAUUCCAGCUCUAUGAACCUGCGGAGUUCUGUAAAGGCCUUGUGCGGUUCAUCCACACCACUGUUGCCCUCCCUGCUGCAGCCGCACAGAACACUGGCAAUGGCAAGUUGAAGGGGCCCAAGCUUGGUGGCCGUGAGGACUUCAGCGACCUCACCAUGCUCCAGAAGAGGCACUUCUUGCAGACGCUGACGGCACUGCAGAACCUGUUUGAGAAUGUUCCAAGGCUGAUGGGACUGCUGGCCGCGGCGCCGGCACUGGCGCCCCUGUUGAGCUGCCUGGAUCCUGUCUGCAAGAUGGGCCACCAGAAGGCAUUUGCCCAGCGCAAGGGCAGCACAGGAGAGUCCAUGGACGAGAUCUGCAAGGACGAUGACCUAUUUGCUGUGCACGUUGCGGAGCUCGCCAUUUCUAUUUUGGUUCGGCUAACUCAGAACGGGGCAUGUGUUGCCGCCCUGGGAACUCAACGCAUAAUCCCCCAAGCCUUCUGGCUGGUGCACAGACGAACAUCCUUCAACUGCCUUUCGAUGGCACUGAAACUCAUACACGCCCUGGCAGGCUUCCCACAGGCUGCCUGGGCUGCUGCAUGCCAAGGCGGCGUCCUGUACCUUCUGUCCGUGCUGCUCCCAACGUCAGAUUCGGACGCAGCGGAUGCCCCCAGCCGUCCGGCAUAUGAGGGUAUGCGCGUGGAGGUUGCAAACCUGUUGAGUCGUCUGAUGGCCCAGACCCUGCACGGGCCGAGAGUGGUGCUGCUCCUUGGGCGCAUCCUGCCACCUGGCCUUGUGGCAGGCAUGCGGGACGGCCCAGGGGAGGCUGUGGUGGACUCUUUGGGGAAAGCUUCUGAGACGCCAGAGUGUCUGUGGACGAUGAAAAUGUACCAAACAACGGCGGAGGAAGUGGAGGCACUCGCGUCGACUUGCAGAUCGGCACAGGCCUCAGGACCUCUGGACUGGAGUCUGCCAGGCGCCUUCACGUUGGAGCACGAUGAGCUGCAAGGGGAGCUGUACAUUGGGGGAGUGUACAUCCGGCUGUACAUGAAAGAUCCCAAGGCACCAUUGCGAAGGCCCAAGGAGUUCCUGGAGGGUCUGUUGGAACGAUAUGUUCAGGAGAUCGGCAACCCCCAAUGCCCGCCGGACCUCCCGGUGCUGCUCUCCGCGGCCUCCGUCGCCCUGCUCAAGGUCCACGGCCUGCUGGCCGACCACGCCACCUCCCUGGGCUACAUGAAGCAUCUCGUCCGGGCACUUGGCGACCGCGCCCCGUCGCCCCCUCCCCCUGCCCAACCGAGGAUGGAGAUGCUCGAGCCCGACGAGGUGGGCGGCAGCAUCCUGCGCAUGCUGCACCAGCUGCUGGCCAGCGUGGCGGCCGCGGAGGCCCUCACGGGCUGCUCGGAGCCAAUCAUCAAAAUCCUGAUGGGGACGAUGCUCUGGGGUGUGGGGGGCAACGUGCUGGCGCUGGAGUCACUCAAGCGCGCUCUGACUGUGGCCAACCGGUCGAGGGACUUCUUGGUGGGCCAGGCGCUGGCGGCGAGGCUCCCCGAUCGGCUGCUCAUGCUGCUGGACUGGCAGCGCGGGGGAGUGCAGGCCAAGGACGCCGGCGAGGAGCAGACGCAGCAGCGCGAUCUCGCUGUAUUGAGAGUCCUGGCCGUUGAUGUGCUUAAUCUACUGGCGGAGGAGGGCGCGUAUGGGGCUCGGGUGGCCGAGAUCCUUGACGCAUCCGACGUGUGGCUGGCGUACAGGGACCAGAAGCACGAUCUGUUUCUGCCGUCGGGGGCGACAGAGGGCACGGGGGUGGUUGGCCUGCUGCAGGGCAGCGAGGUGGCUCGGUUCGCGCUGCCCGCGCCGGACGCGCGGUCCAGGGACCCGUCCUGA